AGGAUUGUCGCUAUGUAUGUCUAUGUGAAUGUCUGUUGUACGAUCCAGCCAGUGAUUAUGAUGAUUACCUUUUAGCUGAAAUAAUUGAAUUUUGGGAAAUUGUAAAAUGCUUAAUUUUAUCAUUUCUUUUAUUUCUUCUGUGAAAAUGUGUGACAAGUUUAUGAUGAUGUUUUAAAUGCGUUAGACUUACCUCUGGCGCCAUAAGUAAGAGAACUGGUUAUGCCCGAAGCAUGCCAUCGACGUCGCGGUCGAGGGGCUCCGGGCGCGGGCCGGACGGCGCGCCACGGGCCCAAGUCAUAGCGCCCAUGUCGGAGCGGCAACAACUUGCGCUAGUGAUGCAGAUCUCAUCACAAGAUGCCCCUCCAGCCGCUCCGACCCCGGCCGAAGAAAGAAAGCGAACUAGGCAGCAGCGCAACGAGCGCGGUGAGACCCCCCUGCAUGUGGCAGCUAUCAGAGGUGACCACGACCAAGUGAAGAAGUUGCUCGACCAGGGACAAGAUCCCGAUGUGCCUGACUUUGCUGGGUGGACCCCACUUCAUGAAGCGUGCAGCUAUGGGUGGUAUCAAGUUGUAGUGGUACUUGUAAAUGGUGGUGCUAAUGUCAAUGCAAAGGGUUUAGAUGAUGAUACUCCUUUACAUGAUGCCACAACUUCUGGCAAUCUCAAAAUGGUAAAAUUACUCAUUGAACAUGGAGCCGAUCCAUUUGUCAAGAACACCAAGGGGAAAAUGCCAUCAGAUUAUGCUGCACCGCACAUCUUUGAAUAUCUGCAGUCUUUGAAAGAUAAUAACGCGAGAGCAACACACGUCAGUCGGGCAAGGGAUGACAGCAUCAAAAAAGGUUGCAAUGCCAGUGGUAACAGCGAUUGCAGUAAGCGGAACAACAUGGAGACCCUAGCCCAGGGGGAACAUUUCGAUGGCAAGGACGUCACCACACAGGAAAAAGGGGGUGCCGCCGAGACCAGAGACGAUGGUACACAGCUAAGUAGCGGGGUGGUAUCAUCGACUCAGGACGACUGCAACAAGAGGCAGCAUGAGGACACUGCAGAUAAUGAAACAACAGAAGAUGAUGUUUCAAAAAGAAAGAAACGAAAGGACAAUGACGAGAAGGAGCCGAUGGGAAAACCGGCUCCGGUAGCGCGCGGAGGUCCCGGACGCGUUCUCACGGGCGGUAAACCACCGGGGCCAGCAAGUAAAACUGGUGCUGUACCACUGGGUAAAAGUGGUGGCGGUCAAAAUGUGAGCAAGGGUGGCGCAGGGUCCUCCGGGAAAGGAAAUAUGCAGGCGCAGGGGAAGGGCGGUGGAGGUUCUAAAGCUAACUCACAAGGAUCACAUCAGGGCAAAUCUGGCGGAGGCAAGGGUGGCUCCUUGCAACUAGGCAAACAGGAUAGGAAGAGUCCAGUCGCUAGUCCCAAGCCUAAUCAAAACAAGGACAGCAAUGAUGGGGACGAUGAGCCAAAAGCGCACGAAGCAGCGCCCAAAGUGCCGCCGCUUAAGAUAGUUAUACCGGGCGGCGCGGGCGGCUCCGGGAACAGAAACGAACAAGAAGGCGAGGGUAGUACAGGUCAAAGGGGUAGUGGCAAGGGUCGCGGCAACUCAUCCACGCUGCCUUACGUCAUACCUUGUACGAGUACCGACACGGGCCAGACUUCCGAUAGCUCUGACGGUACAUCCGAUGACAAGAGGGGGGAAGGCGGAAAGGCUGGACAGAGAGUCCUCCGUUCUCAUAGGACGAAUGACGGGGAUAAAGAUAAGGAGAGGACGUCCCCUCAGACAGGGAAUGACAGCCGCUCCGGGGCGGGACAAGCUCAAGCUAACUUGAAUUCCAAUAAAAGUCCUACACCUUCGGGCUCUGGCCAAGAUCAUGACCACACAGUAUCUUCAUCAAAUUCUGGAAGAUCUGAAGCUAAUGCAGGUCACGUGGAGCUGCAUCCAAGAAAAAGAAAAAUUAAAGCUUCAAAAGAUGGACAUUCUCGCGAUCAAUCAAAGAAUGAACCAACCCACGAAUCAGCUGCGAGCCAUAAUAUAACACAUUCGAACCCUUAUCAAAUGUACAUUCAUAUACGAAAGCAGAUUGAUCGUCGCCAAAGAAGCUUAUUUCCCGUAAAACCCAAACCUCCAAAAGAUUUUAAUAAAUAUUUAAUGAAUCGCUGCACCUACACACUUCAGGGUAAUGUGAACCCUGAUCCUCAGGUGGAAAUACCACAUAACCUACCCACCCAAAUGAUAAAUGAAUUCAUGGCUCAAGAAAAAGAAAGAACAAGAUUGCGGAUACAACAUCUGGUAGAAAAAGAGAAGCUUGUGUUGGCCGUCGAACAAGAGAUAUUACGCGUUCACGGGCGCGCCGAACGCGCUGUAGCUAACCAGUCUCUUCCUUUCUCUGUGUGCACGAUACUUCGAGACAAAGAGGUCUACAAUGUAUUGGCCCCAGAGCAGGAAGAGAAACGCAACGCGCAGCGCUCCCGGUGUAACGGAAGACAAAUUAACUCUUGGCUUCAAGAAGUCGACGAUAAAUGGGAAAAGAUCAAGGAAGGAAUGCUUCGGCGUCAACACACAGAGGCCCAAACUCUACACGCCGUGCAAAUAAUGGGAUGGGAAUGGAAACUAAAAGAGUGCGGCAUUUGUGAUUACAAAACAACGCCCAAAAUUGAUCCGGUACACGUGCCUCAAAUUCACGUGUCGAAUUUUGACUUGCCCGCUUGAAUUUAAGUUCAUAUUGCCUGUGUUCAUGUCACGCCGUCACGAUCAUCGUGAUGGCAUAAAUAUUAGUAUGUAGUUAAGUUUUUAAUCAUCUACUAAAAUUAUAACAUCGAUUGGUAAUAAGAAUCAAGCGGAGCUACAAAAUUGGAUUUUAAAUCUCGAAAUUUAUCAACAUUAUUGUUGAACCUUCUAUUCUCCCGCGCACCACUUUCGAUAACUUGUUAUUUAUUACUUCACUUACUUGACCAUCAACAAUUUAUUAUAGGUACACAUGAAUAACUUGUUAGCGAAAGAUGGACGAUGAUCUAAAUUUUUAUUUUUUAAGGCUAUCGCGAGGACAAAAACAUUUUUAUUAUAAAUAUUUUUUUUAUUGUCCUUGCCCCUAAAAUAUUGACGCGUGCUCAUACAUGCACAGAGCCUCUGGAGAAAUCAAAUGCUAGGCAAGUCAGUCUGCAUUCGGUAAUGGUGGGCUGUGCGUGUAAGAGUACCUUGACAUAUAACAACAUUUGACAUGUUACUAAUUGUAAGUUUAUUUGUAUUAUAUAAUUAGGUUUAUAUUCGUUGUAUUAAUUAAUGACGUGUUUGUAAAAUUAUGUUAUUAUAAUUAUGUUUUUGAUAAGGUAUAUUUACCUUGACUAAUGUAAAAAAAAAUCUGUCGCCAUUAAUGAUUACGUGGGCGGGUAAUACAAUUUAAAUUUAACGCUACUCUUAAGAUAUUCAUCUGUAGGAUAUCCACUGCUGACCUCAGGACCUACCCCUUUGAUUUCCAAAAAGCAGGCAAAACUCUUUCAGCUUUUGCCAGUCCGUAGUUUGGGUACUAUUGGUUCUUGGUAGCUAUAUUGGCUCCACCUUAGUGUCGUGAAUUCACGGCACGAGUAGAGUCGUGUAUAGUUAAUGCUAUGUCAUUACGGGUAACAAACACUGAUUGAUGGUUUUCUUCUCAAGGCCCAGCCUAGUUACACAAUGUGUCUUAAACUUCAAGAACCGAUACGUAAAAAGUUACGUUACCUUUUUAUUCUCCGCGUAAAUUUCUCUUAUUGGAAUCGCACUGUCAUUUACUCUACACACUACACUAACGACAUUUCGACACCAUGUCCCGAUUAUUUAUAUGUUAUAGGCUAUGUAUACAAUGCCGGAUUAUACACAUUACCCAUAACAUAUACAUAUAUAUUUGUACAAAUCUCAAAAGUUUAAAGAACCAACCUCUUAACUCAACAGAAUGAGCCGAGUCAUUGUUAUCCAUUUACUUCUGGAGACCAUCAUAUUCAGUUGUUUCAGGGCUAUUAUUGAUUUCCGGGUAUCUUAGGGGUAGUGUAUGGUCAGCUUAGCUAUUGGAUCUUUGGCAGAGCAGGCAUUGCAGUAGCGUAGUGGGGCAAAUGCCCCGGGCGGUGGAAAAAACUUUUCGCGCACAUCCUUUAUGGCUUUUUGUUGUCAACGGAAAACCCACCAAAAAAGUUGACGCUAUCAACAUCUUAUCAGAUUAAUUGAAAAGUGUUGUGUGAAUCGCAAGCCUAAGGCUCUCAAAAACCCAUUUUUUUAUAUCUUUUUAUCCACGGAAUCGAUGUGGUCUAAAAUUUAAUUCUGGAGGAAAGCAAUUAGGUAGCAACUCUGGGUGAAAAAAAACUCAAUACUUUUGCGCCGUUUCUUCACACUGGGAAAACUCCUACGCUACGCUACUGCUACUGCAUGUCACCGUUGAACGACAUUUUAUAGGUACUAGGCACCAGUACAGUACCUAUACUCGUUGGGUUGUAUAUAGGAAUGGGCCUAUUUUAAGUUUUUUAGGAAUCUUGUACUUUAGAAAUCACUUGCAUUGUUUAUAUGCAACAAAAGAAGUUAAUAAUUUGUAAACUAGUGUAAUUAAUAAUUUUCAAGAGAAAAUAUUUAUUAGUGGAUUUGGGGAUUCCCGUUCCAUUUAGUUAUAUCGCUACUUUAUAAACGUUACAAUACUUCGCCUUUUUCACCAUAUUUAUAUCAAUUCAAUAUCAUUUAAGAAUUUAUAUCAUUUUCAAUGAUAGAAUUGUUAUAAUAAUUUUGUAUUCAAAUAUUAUCAUUUGACUGUAUGUUAGUUUGACAAACGCAUUUCAUUUGACAUUAAAAUAUGACUCCAAUCAGAUCUCAAUUUCAAAA